AUGGAUCCUCUGUCCAUCAUUGAACUCGUCUCCAACAUCAUCUCGUUCAUCGAUUUCGGACGGAAGUUGCUCACGGAUGUGCGUGAAAUCCAGAACUCGGCUGCCGGGGUUACGCAGGAUGCUCUCACCCAUGAAUUCAUUGCGCAGCAGAUGCGCGAGUUCACUGACAAGCUCAUCCCCCCAAAUCAGAGCGUCGACGACCAAUACAAGGGCACGAUUUCUCUGGCAAAGGAGUGUCGCGCAGCGGCGGCGGAUAUUCAAAAACUCCUAAACAAAAUCAAGCCCAAGGAUCCAGGGUCCCGUCUCCAAAGCUGGGGCAGUGGGAUCAAGGGUCUUCGGUAUGGAAAGGAGCUCUCGAGCUUACAGGCGAAAAUGGAGCGGUAUAGGGAUCAGUUGGUCGUGCAACUGAAUUGGGUAACCACGUCCGAGGUCAAGGACCGGCUGGAGCGCCUUGCAAGAGACUUCGACAAGAAUGGCGAUCGAAUCAUCCAGAUUCAGAAGCAGGUGGGUGAUCUUAAGCGGACGGUAAAGACGAGCGAUGCCCAGUUGAGACAAGCAAUUCGAGAUCUGCUCGGACUGUCGCACGGCCUGUACGUCACAGUGCACUCCCAUCGCCUACUCGAAAAUCUCCGGUUUGACGAAAUGGACUCUCGAUUUCAUAUCGUCCCGUAUGCGCAUGAGAGAACUUUCGAGUGGAUCUUCAGCUGUCACGAGUACAGCAAUGACAUAUAUGCGAAAUUCUUCAAGGAUUAUGAAUACCAUGAUACGAUCCGGGAACAAUUCAAAUCGUGGUUGUCGUUCGAAGAUGGAAUCUACCACGUCUCCGGCAAACUGGGAUCCGGAAAGUCAGCUCUGAUGAAGUUCCUGUAUCCGGACCUUCGCACAAAGAACAUGCUAGAGAAAUGGGCGGGCCAUGAGAGGCUCAUCAUGGCACACUUCUUUUUCUGGAGACCUGGAUCAAACUUGCAGCAUUCGGUGCGUGGACUAUAUAGAGCACUCCUCUACAAGACUCUCUCGGUGAUACCCAGCCUGAUCCCUGAGGUGCUGCCAGAGCAAUGGAAGGAGAUCCAGUCCAAACCCUGGCAGGCAAACGCCAAAGUCGACUUCCCGCUUAAGACGCUUCAACACGCCAUGUACCGCCUGGUGUGCUGCCAGUCCGAGGAUUUGCGCAUCUGUUUCUUCAUCGAUGGUCUGGACGAGUGCAAGGACGAGGAGUGCAAAGGGAGUGAUAGCGAUCAGCAUCGCCAUCUAGCCCAGACUCUAUCCUGCUGGUGUGCUGAAUCCAAAGGCCGGCUCAAAAUCUGCGCGUCUAGCAGAGAGUACAAUGUUUUUCUGGAGAAUUUGCCAUCUGAGCGACGACUAUACAUGCAGCGUCUUACGGAAGAAGAUAUGAGAAUCUAUAUCCGUGACCGAAUGAGUUUUGCGCGAGGGACAGAGGGAUGGGCGGAGUUGAUUAAAUCCAUGAUCAAAAAGGCUGACGGCAUAUUCCUUUGGGUGGCAUUAGUUACUAGUCGGUUACAAUAUCUCCACGAGAGCAAAGUCAGCUGGAACAUACUCCAGAAGGAGAUUGACCAAGCUCCUGAGGGACUGUACAACCUCUUCAGCCAUGUUAUCCAGUCGCUCGCUUCCUCUGACCUGAGACGCGCGUAUCGAACGUUUGCAAUCAUUCGGAAACUGGGCGAAUACAGAUUGCCUCUGCCACUUCUCUGCUACCCGUUCAUCGACCAUUACACCGGUGACUCGGAUUUUGACAGCUGCGAGAUUUCUCAUCAAGAGCGGAUGUCUGAAAGUGACCGGCUCAAACAAGCACGGGGUAUGCUCAUGGGCUACUGUGGAGGACUGUUCGAACCUACACAAACGAACUACCGUGAUUUAGUCACCGGAGCGACCAUCGCUUUCACGCAUCGAUCUGUCCCCGAGUUUGUCGAGUCACUGGAUACCAAAGAAAUGGAAAAACAUCUCCGAGACUUUUGCGCGGAGGACGCAGCGUCAUACCUUUUUCUGGCCUACCUGUGGGCCAAGGAUAUAGGUAACUUACCCCAGGGAGCCGCUGGCCAGGUGUGGCUGAGCUACAUCACCUCCGACAUUAUAACAAUGAGGAAGGUCGCAAAGAUUGGGAAAGCGCCGUUCCAUUUCGAGGAGCAAAUGUGGUCUGUUCUUACUCGGCUGGGGGCGAGGACCAUCACAGAUCAAGACCCUUAUUACGAUAUCAUCAUCCCGGUAGAUGUGGACUAUGGUGAUUAUGAGCAGAUUGCGUGUAAUAGCGAACAUAAAGCAGAAGAUCGCGUGUAUCACAUGUCUCACCCUUUCUAUCUGUCAGCUUGGUUCGAAAACUUGGGAUACGUGCAAUGGAAAUUGGCCCAUGACCCAUCAGUCGCGCCGACCCCGUUCCACCUCGUCUUGCUUUUUUACAGCCUACUUUACGUACACGAGAGCGAGGAAUCCGCGGCAUUCUACCAGAUACUGGAUACGUUACGAGAAAGAGGGUUAUCGCCGCAAACAAUGACAACACUCGCACCGUCUGCAAGGGCAGUUAAUAGUCACGAGAUUACUGUUUGGCAACAUUUCAUAUUGUGGGUGAUUCUAGAAGGACAAUCCCGGGGUCUGUGCAUUUGGAGAUGGCUCCUGGAGAACGGAGCCGACCCCCAUUUUAUAAUGUCCGUUCCGAACGAAGAAUGGCCCACUGGGUCUUCUGCACCAUGUACUCUGGUUCUCGGAAGAGAAAGACGUCGCCUGGACGAGAUUGAUCUACAGCACGUCUUUGAUGGUCCUGUGACAUCAGAAAAAUAUCCUAAUCCUGACGGUACCGGCAUCCGGAUGACAUUGGUUGAUAUUAUCAGAGAGAAGCAUUUUGCUGAGGGCGAGGAAGAAUUGAUCGCGUUGGUCGAGCGGAAUAUGCGACUUUUUGGAGAUGAGCCAGAGAGGACCGAGUCUACCAGAGGAAUCUCGGAAGGGGACUUCGAUGAGGAAGCAGGUGACACGACGCCUGCAAACAAGACUGAAAUAGCGCUGUACACUCCGCAUGACCAACCGUUGCCCGGAUCUGAAGGGAAAUGGAUGAUGUUGUCUGCAUAUAUCCUGGGUGGGUGUCCCGCGGGUGAUGACUCUUGA